ACACAGCGUGCACAAGGACACAGUACGCCCUAUAUGUUCCUGUGCUAAGUCAUACUGUCUGGUGUAAUUCGGCUAAUUUUUUCCCGCUGUUACAUGCUAUCCCCUCACUUUCCUUAAACCCCGCCCAUCAUUUCGUCUCGGAUGUCGUGCGGCGGCGACGCCAUGUCGGCGUGUGCCGCGCGGACGCCCAGCACGCCGCUGGGCCAAGUACCCUGCAGUCGCGUCACCCUCAAACAAGUCAGCGCCACGGUGUGCAAUAUCAAACCGCUGGAUGAGAGUCCGCCGGAGCCCAAGCCCAAGGCCUCCUGCCCCAAUCCCAAUAAGACCAAACCGCCGUCCUGUAAUAAGACGGACUUCAAACCGGAUAAAUUGGCCGGGUGUAAGGCCAAGAAUGUGCGCGAGGGACUGUCGAUGAGCGUGGAAAUCCCGGAGCGUAUCGAUCCCAAUGAAAUCGAUAGUGCCUAUGUCUGCAUUACCAGGUCACAGGACGAGAUAUUAUGGAGCGUGGGCAAAGUGGUCCAGGAUUUCCACAAACGCAACCACUUCCACGAUGCCUCCUUGAAAACCGGCAACGGCGAGGCGCUAGCCCACCGCUACGUCCUGUGCGCCUCAUCGGAAUGGAUGAGCAACUACAUCCACAACGAGGCCAAUCAGGCGCCGGGCUGCGGCAGCCACAAACAGCUGAUCGAGAUUCGGCUGGAUAACUGUCUGGAGGCGCCGGCCGUAUGCCAGAUUGUCGACUACAUGUACACGGCGCGCUGCCGGCUGAACUACUUCAACUUUUAUCCGGUGUUCCAAGCGGCUACUUACCUGAAAAUGCCGACGAUUAUACACGCCUGCCAACGGCUGAUGACCCAUCUGAUGGCGGAUGAGAAUCUGGCCAUUAUGUUAGAGAUUGCCGAACAAGCCGUCAAAAGCGAGCCGCUGGUCCGAUUCGUCUAUCGUCACUGGGUGGAGAAAUUCUACAACCAGGUCCAAGCCUGCAGCUUCCUGGAUUGGCCCUUCCAGCGGGUGUACCGCCUCCUGUGUAACGACGACAUCCGCGUUAACACAGAAAUGGAUGUGUUUAAAGCCGCGCUGCGCUGGAUCAACCAUGAUCGCUGCCAGCGCACCACGUAUUUCAACGAUCUCAUGAAGCUGGUCCGCUGGGUGUACAUGACGCAGGAUGAGUUGGUGCAGGCUGUGGAGAUGGAUAAGAUGCUCAUCAGCAGCAAGGAUGUUAAGCAGCUCAUCACCGAUGCACAAUGGUUCAAGACGUGCCAGGAGCACAAGCACAAUUGGAAGGACUACAGCAUUCCGGCCAGCCGAUUGAUGAGCGGUCCGCUGUGCCGGUCGCCACGCCCCGGCGAACCAUCCUGUCCCGCCAGCGACCGUGUGUACCCGAAGCGCGGACAAUGCGCACCCAAGAUGCAACCACCGCCAUGUAAAACCGGCAAUCCACCGUGCGGACCCGCGGCCGAAUUCCCGACGCCCUUUAAGGCAGUCAAAUCCUGUGAGCCGUGCGCACGUAGUCGAUAAUCGCGGUGGUUUUUCUCCACCCUUGUUUUUAAUUUGUUAAUCUUUGUCGUGUUUAACUUUUCUUAACUUGUACAUGGAAAUGACUGAUCGAAUGAUGACCAGAAUGGCGACCUGACUAACAGACUCGAUCCAACCAACAGGCUGCGUCUUGUUAUAAAAUGGCGUAUCAUAAGUAAAAAUUACAGACUUUUAGUACGGAAUUUA